AUGACCUUUAUAAGCAAGAUUGUGGCUGACCUUCGUACUGUGACUGUCAAAACAGAUGCUAUCUGGUUGACAGUUGUAGGCGUAUUUUCAUGUGCUUAUCUGCCAGCGCAGCAUUCAGGGCUGAGCGGUUCUUUCAGCCCCGUCGAAAUAGCAGCUUGUUCUCCCUACACCUGCGGCGUCGCUGGUAUUUCCGCAGCUCGUUACCUCUCCCUGCCGAGCGGCAUUUUCCUAACGAGCACGAGGAUACAGAUGGUGCAGUGUGCUCUGGGGAAACCGCUUGCCACCGAGCCCAAACACACGGGCACGGCCCUGACCUGGAAGGGCUGGCCCCUCGCCGGGGUGACUGGCUUGCGUGGCUCACACGUCCCCACGGGUGUGUGGAAAACGCAGCUCAGUGAGAUCGAGGUGUUCAGAGCCGGCCGCCAGAGUCCUGCCUGUGGCAGCACGUGGACAUCCUCCUUGCUGGCUGCUUUCACUCUCAAAGGGAAUGAUUUUGACGAAGCGGGCUAUCGCUCUCCUGGCAUUCGCUGGAGCACCCUCUGGGGAUCAACCAACGUGGUUUACCAAGCCCAUCAUGUCAGCAGGAGUAAGAGAGGACAAGUCGUCGGUACCAGGGGUGGAUUUCGAGGCUGCACGGUUUGGCUAACAGGCCUCUCCGGAGCUGGCAAGACAACCAUUGGCUUUGCUCUGGAGGAGUUCUUGGUCUCUCAUGGCAUCCCUUGCUAUUCCCUGGAUGGUGAUAAUGUUCGGCAUGGCUUGAAUAAAAACCUGGGUUUCUCUGCUGGGGACCGUGAGGAGAACAUCCGCCGCAUCGCAGAGGUGGCCAGGCUGUUUGCUGACGCUGGGCUCGUCUGCAUAACUAGUUUCAUUUCUCCUUUCGCAAAGGAUCGUCAAAACGCACGGAAAAUUCAUGAGGCAGCUGGACUUCCUUUCUUUGAAAUCUUUGUAGAUGCCCCUCUAAAUAUUUGUGAAAGCAGAGAUGUGAAGGGCCUGUACAAAAAGGCAAGAGCUGGAGAGAUCAAAGGAUUCACGGGGAUUGACUCGGAAUAUGAGAAACCCGAAUCUCCUGAACUAGUGUUGAAAACGAAUGUUGCCUCGGUGUCUGAAUGUAUUCAGCAGGUUGUGGAGCUCCUCCAAACACAAAACAUUGUGCCCCGUGGCUCGAUCAAGGAUGUUCUUGAGUUGUUUGUACCUGAAAAUAAACUCCAGAGCGUCCGAGCCGAAGCAGAGACGCUGCCAUCCGUAGAGAUCACUAAGCUGGAUCUGCAGUGGGUGCAGGUGCUGAGCGAAGGCUGGGCCACUCCGCUGACCGGCUUCAUGCGCGAGGCGGAGUACUUGCAAGUGAUCCAUUUUGGCACCCUGCUGAAUGGAAGGAAUCGCUCUGUAGCUGAUGGCGUUGUCAACCUGAGCGUCCCCAUCGUGCUGCCGAUCUCCACGGAGGACAAGGAGCGGCUGGAGGGCUGCGAGGCGCUGGCGCUCAGCUACGCGGGGCGGAGGGUGGCGGUCCUGAAGAACCCCGAGUACUUCGAGCACAGGAAGGAGGAGCGCUGCGCCCGCGUCUGGGGCACCACCUGCGCGAAGCACCCGCACGUCAAAAUGGUGAUGGAGAGCGGAGACUGGUUGGUUGGUGGAGACCUCCUGGUGCUGGAGAAGAUCAAAUGGAACGACGGGUUGGACCAGUACCGCCUGACACCGCUCGCUCUCAAGCAGAAGUUCAGAGAAAUGAACGCUGAUGCCAUCUUUGCGUUUCAGCUGCGCAACCCUGUCCACAACGGGCACGCCCUGCUCAUGCAGGACACGCGGCGCCAGCUUUUGGAGAGGGGUUACAAAAACCCCGUGCUUCUCCUCCACCCCCUGGGCGGGUGGACCAAAGAUGACGACGUCCCGCUGGAGUGGCGGAUGAAGCAGCACGCAGCGGUGCUGGAGGAGCAAGUCCUGGACCCCAAGUCAACCAUCGUGGCAAUCUUCCCUUCUCCCAUGCUCUACGCCGGCCCCACAGAGGUGCAGUGGCACUGCCGAGCUCGUAUGAUUGCCGGGGCCAAUUUCUACAUCGUGGGGCGCGACCCGGCAGGCAUGCCUCACCCCGAGACCAAGAAGGACCUCUACGAGCCCACGCAGGGAGGGAAGGUCCUCAGCAUGGCGCCGGGCCUCACCUCAGUGGAAAUCAUCCCCUUCCGGGUGGCUGCUUACAAUAAACUGAAAAAGGCCAUGGAUUUUUAUGACCCAAAAAGGCACGACGAUUUUGACUUCAUCUCGGGAACACGCAUGAGGAAGCUUGCUCGUGAAGGUGAAAACCCACCAGACGGCUUCAUGGCCCCCAAAGCUUGGAAGAUCCUAACCGAGUACUACCAGUCGCUGGAAAAAAAGAAUUAACACUACUCCUCCUCCCUAGAAAUACUUGUAUUAAGAGUGAGCAAUGAUUGAUUGAUUCCCUAUGACACAGAUCAGUUACUUGGCAUUUCCGAUGCUCUGACUGGAGGAUUUUCCUACCUGGGUCAGAGUGUUUUUUACUAAUCAGA